AUGACGGCCACGGGACAGAAGACCAAGGCGAGUCGGGGAGAGAGGAAGACCUCGAGGGAGGAAUGGGUGAAAAACGGGGAGGAGGAGUUGGAGGUGGAGGGAUACGUGAGGAACCGGGCACGCACUGUUCUCGCCUGGGCCCUCAUCGUCUGCACGGGGGGGCUGCUGAGACUGGUGAUGCAUUGGUUGCCGCAGUGGUGGCUCAGGUGCACCCACGUUCGCGUGCCGCUGGCGGAGGCGAGGAAGGUUCUCUUGAUCCAGCGGUACAAGAACCACGUUACGUAUCACACUAAGGAGGUUCACGAGGUACAGACUUCCGUCGAUGCGGUCCCGCGAUCCGACGGCUCGUUCUUCGCCGCGAAGAACGAGCCGUCGGGUGACGGCAUGGUCGCGACGGUGACGGUGAGGACGUUCCAGUGCAAGAAGGUGAAUUACGUGUGGGCCGAGGACGAGAAGAGGUUCUACCAACUCCCGUGCCUCGACGAGAACGCCUGUCUGUCGAACUUGCGCGAGGGCGAGAAGGGAUUGACGAAGAAGCAAGCCGAAGACAGGGGGAAAAUAUACGGACCGAACGAGAUCCAAGUCCCCGUCCAUUCCAUCCUCCAUCUCUUGGUCCACGAGGCUCUGAAUCCCUUCUACAUCUUCCAGGCCUUUGCCGUGUGCCUCUGGUUCGUGGACGAAUACAUCUAUUACGCCACGGCCAUCAUCUUGAUGUCCGCGUGGGGCCUGUUUUCGGCCGUGUACCAGACGAGACAGAACCAGAGGGCUCUGCGCCGGACGGUGCAAGCGAACGACGUGAUCGAGGUGCAUCGAGGUGCGUGGGAGAUGGUCUCCACGACCGCCUUGGUCCCCGGGGACGUGGUGUCCAUCCCGUCGCACGGCUGCCUCCUUCACUUCGAUGCCAUUCUGCUAACGGGGUCGUGUCUCUUGAACGAGAGCAUGCUCACGGGAGAGAGCGUGCCCGUCAACAAGACGCCUCUGGACGAGGAUCAUUCGGAGAAGAGAUUCGACAGGAAGGAGCACUCGCGUCACAUGCUUUUUGCGGGGACUCAGGUGAUCCAGACCCGAUUUUACGAAGGGGAGAAGGUGAAGGCCUUGGUCGUGGGGACGGGCUUUCACACUCAGAAGGGCUUCCUCAUCCGAUCCAUCCUCUAUCCGAACCCCGUGGACUUUAAGUUUCAGACCGACGCUUAUCGGUUCAUUUUAUGCCUGGCCGGGAUCUCGGGGAUCGGUUUCAUAUACACGAUCGUGACGAAGGGCCGACGAGGGCUGCCGGCGGGGGAGAUCGCCGUGGACGGCCUUGACCUGUUCACCAUCGUCGUGCCGCCGGCGCUGCCGGCUGCCAUGACCGUGGGGAUCGUCUUGGCCUCCAUGAGACUCAAGAAGCGGCAGGUCUUUUGCAUCAGCCCGAGGGCGAUCAACAUCAGCGGACGAUUGGAUUGCAUCUGCUUCGAUAAGACGGGGACGCUGACGGAGGACGGGCUGGACGUGAAGGGAGUCUCGCCGGCCCCGGAUUUCCCGUUGCUCCACGACCGGUCUCAGAUGGAGUCGAAAGACGGGCGCGAGUCGGUGGAGGAGGAUAUGAUCCGUUGCAUGACGUGUUGUCACGGGCUCACGCGGGUCGAAGGGGAAUUGGUCGGGGAUCCCCUGGAUCUCAGGAUGUUUCAAUGGACGGGUUGGGAGUUCCACGAGCCGGACAUCGCGGAGACGGCCAAGUACGACUUGAUCAUGCCGGCAGUGGUGAAACCACCGAAGGAGAAGGGGAAGGAGACGGAGUGGGGGAUCCUCAAAACCUUUCCCUUCUCGUCCAAGAGGCAGAGGAUGAGCGUGAUCGCGAAGGAGGUCCACGGGGGGGAUUUCGUCGUGUUCUGCAAGGGGGCGCCGGAGACGAUCGCGAGUCUGUGCGAGCCGGAGUCGAUUCCGCAGGGAUUCCACACGAGGUUGUACGAUUUCACGAAGGAGGGGUACCGGGUGAUCGCGCUGGCGAUGGCGACGUUGCACGGGGUCCGGUACCCGAAGGUCCAGCGACUGAAGCGGGAGGAGGUGGAGGUGAACCUCAGAUUCUUGGGCCUCUUGAUCCUGGAGAACCGGCUGAAGGGAGCGACGAAGGAGGCGUUGAACUUGCUCAUCGAUGCGAGGAUCCGGGUCCUCAUGGUCACGGGGGACAAUCUCCUGACGGCCAUCAGCGUCGCCAGGGAUUGUCAGAUGGUGGGAACGAACGAGGACGUCCUGGUCGUGAAAGCGGAUCGGAAUCCCGUGUCCGGACUCCUGGAGUUGGAUUAUUCGCUCGUCGAGGGUCGACCCGAACCCGAAGAACCGCAGUCUCCGUCGUCGUCUGGAAGCGGAGGGAGAUCGGGCAUGGUCUCGGUGCCGAUCGAUUCCGGGUCCCGGUAUCAUUUCGCGAUGGAUGGAACGUCGUUUGGACUCCUGGUCGAGGCGAACCAUCCGGCGUUGAGGCAUCUGCUCACGAGGGGCACCGUCUUCGCUCGGAUGAGUCCGGAGAACAAGCAGCAGUUGGUGGUGGCACUGCAGGGGCUGGGCUACCACGUCGGGAUGUGCGGGGACGGGGCCAACGACUGCGGGGCGCUGGGAGCGGCUCACACGGGGAUCUCCCUGUCGGAGGCGGAGGCCUCCGUCGCCUCUCCCUUCACGUCCAAGACCAACGACAUCUCGUGCGUGCCGACUCUGAUCCGCGAGGGGCGAGCGGCGCUCGUCACCUCCUUCGGGAUAUUCAAGUACAUGGCCGGGUACAGUCUCACGCAGUUCAUAUCCGUCAUCAUACUCUAUUCCAUCGACAGCAGUCUCACGGACUUCCAGUUCCUCUACAUCGAUCUCCUGCUGAUCACGGUGUUCGCCGCGCUGUUCGGCUUCACCGAAGCAUACCGAGGCCCCAUAUCCAAGAUGCCUCCUCCGGCCGCCUUGGCUUCCGUCCCUCCGAUACUUUCCAUCCUCCUCCAGAUCUUCCUCGUCGUCGCCGCCCAAGCUCUCUUCUUCUUCCACGUGCAGACGCAGGACUGGUUCGUGCCCUUCGUCCUGGACGACACUCUGCAGAACAAGGCCUGCCACCAGAACUACGUCGUCUUCUCCAUCUCCAUGUUCCAGUACGUGAUCCUCGUCGUGGUUUACAGCCGCGGGAAGCCGUACCGACGCCCCCUGUUCACGAACCUGUGGCUGUCGGCCGCCCUACUCCUAAUGACCGUCUUCAGCGUCGUCAUGACCGUCUACCCUCCGCACUUCCUCGCAGAGCUGCUGGAACUGGACGUGGUCCCGGACCACAGCUACCGAUGGUUCAUCGUCGGCAUGGCGUCCGCCCAGCUCCUCCUCGCCCUGGCCGUGGAGUACCUGGUCGUGGAUUACCUGCUCACCCUCCGAUGCCUCCCCCUCGUGCACAACCUGGAGAAAUGCAAGCGGCAGUUCCUGCAGAUCGAGAGGGAGCUCGCUUCCUCCCCGUCCGCUCAGGUCUUGGAGGCGUGGGCCAGCAGCUCGCGGUUGUGA